UGCGCGUGCGUCUGAGCGUCGCGUGGGUGUCCCCGCGGGGCCUAAAGGCCUUGGCAUCAUGGACUGUUGCCGGGGGUCCCAGCCCCGCAGGAGGGACGAGCCCGCAGGCGGGCGGGGCGGGGCGGGGCGGGGCCUGCAGUGAGGUCACCGGCGACUGGCGGCUCUGCCUCGGGGGCGGCGACGCGGCGUGGUCACUGCGGGGCGCACGGAGGGACGGCCGUGCUAUCAGACCCGAGUUGCAGGGGCUGGAGAGCGGCCGCAGGAAUACAGCGCCUCCAGUUGACCAGGAGCUCCGGGAGGGCAGGGGGUUGUCCCACCUGCUCUGUGCCCUGCCCCAGCCCUGGCCUGAGUUGAAUCAAGGACCAACUGCUCUCCACAUCCCUGCUCCCACUCUGCCUCUGGCCUCCGGCCAUGACGCCCCUGCUCACCCUGUUCCUGGUGGCCCUGGUGGGCCUCCCUGUGGCCCAGGCUCUGGACUGCCAUGUGUGCGCCUACAAUGGGGAGAACUGCUUCAACCCCAUGCGAUGCCCGGCCAUGGUCUCCUACUGCAUGACGACGCGCACUUACUACACCCCAACCAGGAUGAAGGUGAGCAAGUCCUGUGUGCCCAGUUGCUUUGAGACCGUGUACGACGGCUACUCCAAGCACGCGUCCACUACUUCCUGCUGCCAGUAUGACCUCUGUAACGGCGCUGGCCUCGCCACCCUCUCGACCCUGGCCCUGGCCCUUAUACUCUUGGCCACCCUCUGGGGUCUGCUCUAAAACCAGAGAGGGCAAAGCAUAGCCCCACCCUCUCCCCUAACACCCCCCACCCUCCCUCUGCCCUCCCUGACCCCCCAGCCACACCCAGGACUGUCUGUUGACCUCCCCCAGCCAUCCUGGGGUCUGCUUCCCAGUUUGUAAUCUGGUUUCCUAAAGGCUGAUGGUUUCCUAAA